CAGUCACAUCGUUGAGCUUCAUCAUGGCUGGGUUUCUCCUGAUGAUCAUCUUUGUGUGUUCAUUUCCUCAGCUGAAAGCUAACGAUCUUCCACCAACACUGACAGUGAAUCCAGCAGUGAUCACAGACACAGACUCAGUCACGCUGAACUGUCAGCCUCCACCAUCACUUUCAUUGUCUGAGUGUUAUUUUCACUUUAUAAGAGGACGGCCGGCCAAACGUUUCCCUUGUGUGCAGACUCUGACAGGAACAGAGCUGCUGAAGAUAUCACAACAGAGUUCACCUGCUGCUGUGAGUGUGUCGUGUUUUUACCUGAAAGGGUCUUCAUCUCCUGAGAGUCACAUGUCCUCCAUCAUCAUCAGAACUUCUCUUCCACCAACACUGACGCUGAAUCAGGCUGUGAUCAAUGAGAUGGACUCAGUCACACUGAACUGUCAGCCUCCAUCAUCUGUGUCUGUGUCUCACUGUUUUUUCAUCACUGUGGGUGGAGGACCUGUUGGAGGACUCUCUUGUGUGCAGACUCUGACAGGAAGUGAUCUGCUGAAGAUGGCACAUCAGAGUUCACCUGUUGAGGUUAAACUAACAUGUUUUUACACUGUGAGGCUCAGAGAGGAAGACUCUCCAUCUCCACACAGUGCAGCAUCCUCCAUCACUAUACACCGUCAGAAACCAGAGCUGAGUCUUGAUCAUUUUCCUGGUGAACUUGUCAUCUUCACCUGCUCUCUGCCUGGAUCUGCUCAUCGUGACACAAGAUGUAACCUGUACCUUGGAGAAUCGAGUCACCCAUUUAAAACAACUAACAUAAAGAGUAAAACAAGCCCAAAACAACAGUCACUCUGCCAGUUCAGUGUCAAAAUUUCUAGUUUGCUGAGACAGCUGAGUUCAGUUCAGCUGAAAGAUGCCAGCUGUGAUUACACAAUAAGAAGUGGACCCAGCUCUUUGUCUCCUCGUAGUGAUGGAUACAGCUUGACAGAUAUUGUGGAAAUAGAGUCACACACAACCACAGCUAUGCCUACUUCUACUUUGACCACAGGGCAGAAAACUGAAGAGCCUUGUACCACAACUGCUGUUACCUCUGUAAAACAAACCACAGCUCUGACUGUUGACACACCAAGCACUGUUGGCUCCACUAUCUCAAUGUCAGCUAAACCAUCCCCAGGUUUAACUUCAGCUAACAUGAGAGACAAGGCCUCGCCUGAACCUCGUCAGGAUUUACCUUCAGGAAAGUGGAUAUGGAAGUCUGCAGCAGUAGCUGCUGGUUGUGGAGUAGCUGUGGGCGUCAUGUUGAUUGUGUCUGCAGUUCUCUGUAACAGACGAAAGGCUGGUCCAGAAGAACCACAAAAGCAGGAGUUGCAGAAUCCACAUUACGACUCGUGUUAUUACUCCACAAUCACAGAUCAGCCUGCUGAAACAGCCCUGAAUGACAUGCUGUACAGCUCUGUGGGGGCACACUGACGGCAAAGCUUACGGCCCGAGGAGAUGCUCUGAAUUUAACCAUUUCACCAGUAUAAUGUCAUCAGAGGUUUAUUCUUAGGCUACUUUGAGGAUUUAUUUCUACUUAAAGAUUUUUAUUUCUCCAACAUGAA